AGUAAAUAAGCGAACAUGCAUGUAUGUGGCAGCUCAACAUCCAGUAUAAUUAGUACACACAACAUCCAUGGAUGCACACCAUACCAUUGUUCUUCAACGGAUACUAGGAUAGUAUCUAAGAAGUAGUAAAUUUUCUCUAUCUGAAAGCACGUCCUGUUUCAUACACUUGAAACCUCUUGUGCUCUGACGGACAUGAGUCUCGGUGGCUUCGGUUCCGGCACCCCCGCUUUUGGCGGCGGCGGCUUCGGAUCGGCGGCCAGGCAACAGCCAGCAGCAGGGGCGUUUGGUCAACCUCAGGCAGCAGCGGGUGGGUUUGGCGCCACAUCGUCGGCUUUUGGGCAACCGGCGGCCGCUACCGGUGGCGGGUUCGGACAAGCCGCAUCUAGUGGUUUCGGUGCCGCACAGCCCAGCGGGUUUGGUGCAACAUCAGGUGGAUUCGGUAGCACCAGUACAGCCACAGCCUCGCCCUUCGGGGCAAAACCGGCUCAAAACGCAGGGUUUGGGGCAAGUCCAUUUGGGUCCUCGGGAGCCACGGGUGGCUCGGCUUUCGGUCAGACAGCAAAUGCUGGUGGAGGCUUCGGUAGUGCGGUUAACACUGGCGGCGGGUUUGGAUCUUCGACGGCGAGCGGAUUCGGUGCAAAACCGUCCGCCUUUGGACAGAGUGCGACCGGCGGCGGUGGAUUCGGGGCCACUUCUGGUGCGUUCGGAGGAGCGAAUCAUACCACUGGCUUUGGUGGUUCGUCAGGGUUUGGCGCCGCCAGUGGUACCAGCAACCAGCCGGGCACCGGACACACCCAAUUCCAACUCACCAGAUUCGACGAUAACAAAACCAUGGUGCAGCACACGUGCAUCGCCGCCAUGCCAGCCUACGAGAACAAAUGCCGGGAGGAGCUACGCUGGGAAGACUACCAGGCUAACCGGAAGGGCUCCGGUAUGUCCGGCGGGUCUGUAGGGGGCGGGUUCGGUCAGACGGCCACUUCCGCGUUUGGCCAGAGUCCAGGUACCGGAUUUGGGGCAGUUGGUUCUACAGGUGGGUUUGGCUCGACUGCUGGUGCCAGCACACCGUUCGGGGCGACCUCGGCUCAAAAUACUGGUCAGGGAGGUGCAUUUGGGACCACUUCUUCGGGUUUUGGUGCAAGUUCGGGUGCGGGUGCGUUCGGUCAACCACAGCAGAGUUCUCCGUUUGGGGCUGCACCAGCAACCGGGGGCUUUGGCACACCAGCGGCUGGUACAACCGGGGCGUUUGGUGGAGGUAGUACGGGAGGUGGAUUUGGGUUCUCUACCGGCGGCUUUGGGGCAAGUACACCUGCUGCGACGGGCGGGUUCGGUAGCACUACUGGUGCGUUUGGGUCAACUCCGGGAGGUGGGUUUGGUCAGGCAGCCCAGAAUACGACUUUGUCCGGAGGUUUCGGGGCAUUGGGAGGCAAUACAACCACCAGCGCCUUCGGCCAAGCCACACCCGCCGCCAAUACCACAACCAAUGCCUUUGGACAGAGUGCGGGGGUAUCUGCAUUUGGCACACCUCAACCAGCCGCCACCUCGGCGUUUGGUGGGGGUGGAUUCGGCCAGGCAGCGCAACAGGCGCGAACGGGCCAGACCUUGGGCUUCGGUCAGAGUGCGACUACCAACGCCACAAACACGGGCGGAGGUCCCUUUGGAAGCACAGCCCAACCCGCUGCGGCCACGGGUGGGUUUGGUGCACCGGCCAGUAAUUCCUUUGGUGGCGCGACAGGCAUGACAAGCUUCACACCCAAUGGGAGCGCACAGCCUUUCGGACAAACGGCUCAAAACCAGGCGGGCUCAGGUGCCACUGGGACGCCAUCUGGAGGGCUCUUCGGCGCGAACAACAACACCACGAAUAGUUCCACUCCCGCGGGUGGGUUGUUUGGCCAGCAAGCUACUGGUGCUGCAUCCCAGACUGCCGGCGGAGGUUUCAGCGGGACCUCUGGCGGAUUUGGAGCCACAACUGGAGGAGGCUUCGGAGCAAGUACGCAGACCCAGGGUACUGGUACAAGUGCUGGGGGCCUAUUUUCCACGCCCAGUAAGCCUACUGGUGGUUUCGGCGGUGGUGCGUUUGGGGCGGGGGCCACACCCGGAACGGGUCUGGGAACGAACCCUGCACAGACACCACAGCAAGGCACUUUCGGUGGCUUUGGCGGCGCGACUACUCAGGCGCCGACACAAGGACAGACUCAGGCACAGGCACAGUCGCUACCACAGACACUAACACAGACACAGACACAGACACAAGCACCGACAAAUGCGUUUGGUCUGCAGCUGGGAACGGGUGGUGCACAGCCACAACAGCAAGUACAGGGAUUUGGUACGGCUGCAGUCUCUGGCCAGCCCUCGUCGGCCCUCACAGGCAACAGUGGACAGGCAGGAGGGGCAGGUCCUGGCGGCAGUGACAACUCGGCGGCUCGGGAAGAGUUGCGGAAACAGUCGCAACUACAGCAGAAGCACAAGGAGCAGCAGCGUCGGGCCAAGCAGAAUGAGAGCAAGCCACAACAGUACCCGUUCUACGCGUACACUCCCCCCAGCACCCAGAAGGUGCGGUCGUGUGUGCGCAACUACGGAGAGCCCGAUGCCAUCAGCACGGCGUUCUGGCAGGGCAACCAAGCCCAUACACUGCAACGGGCCACGCCCAGCAGUCACCUACAGCUGCACCCGCUGGGCAGUCACAGGACCACGCAAAUGGAGCUCAGAGUGGGAGGCAGUGCGCAGGCCAAGGAGAGCGCAAGCAACGGCAAGCCGGCGACCACCAGCACACCCAACGCGGCACAACAGCGGGACGGUGAAGGGCAGGACAAAGAGGCGCCCAACACUGCGCUGAAAGCGGACAGGGCCGGGGGUGAGGGCAGGGCGAGAGGUUCGCAGGACGGGUCAAGUGGGGCUACGACCACUGCGGCGACCACAGCUGUGCCGAAGGCAUCCAGUGGAGCGGAAGACAAGGACAAGGACAAGGAGAAGGGUGCACAGGGCGGGGACAAUCGCAAGGACGGGCCGGCCCAGCCUGCCAGCCGGCUGCACAGUUUUAACCGACCCAAUCCGAGUACGAAGCAGCCGCUAGACCCAACCAACAGUACGAGCACCGCUACCGCCAAGACCCACACCACCGCCAGUGCGAACAUGAGUAUGAAGAGCCUGGCGUCCUCGCUGGACGGUGUGGCCCGGUCGAACUUGCAUAUCCCACCGCCAACCCAGACUAACACCCACACACAGACCCAGACACAGCUGCACGCACAAGGGCUCGGGGGGGGCUUGACUACACCCAUCCGGUCCAGGCCUCACUCGGCUCAGGCGGCCAAGUUCUUCACCCCGCCACCCUCUGUCACCAAUCUGGACCUGGACUACGUGACAGGGUCGCUGAAUGUGGGUGGGCUGGGAGUGCCCCGCGGGAUUCACAGUAUCAGCAACCCGCACCUCGUGGGGGUGGGUGUGGGUGUGGGUGUGGGCGUGGGGGCAGGUGCGAACAGCGCGGCCCUGCGGAACCACCGCAACAAGCCCAACUACCGGCUGUUUGAAAUCACGCCGGGCGUAGACAUGCACACACAGCCGUCCCUGCCUGAGCUGCAGGACAUGACGCUGGCGCAGCUGUCGCACGUGGAGGACUUCACCAUCAUCAGCGCAGACUUCGGGAAGAUCAUGUUCAACCGCCCCGUGAACGUCGCCAGUCUGCGGGAGCUGCACCGCAAUGCGCCGUUGGAUGCGGUCGUGUGCUUUGCACGCAAGCAGGUGGAGGUGUACGAGUGCCCGGAGAAAGGCGGGUUCACCAAGCCCCUGCCCGGCACGGGGCUUAAUCUGCCGGCCAGGAUUACACUGUUCGAUUGCUACCCGAAGCAUAAUGGGGAUAGUCGACCGGCCGUACUGAGCUUUGAUCCCGCAGAGAAGUCGCGGUGGGAGAGGACUCUGGGCCGGGCGUGUGAGACGGUUAGAGCGGAGAAGUCCGUGUUUGACUGGGACACGGGGAGAUGGUCCUUUGAUGUGAAGCACUUCUCCAGAGAUCAGGACAACGACGACGACAAGGACGACAAGGAGGAGGAGUCUGUGGUGGGCGAUGGCCACCGUGAUGAGAAGACGGGGGUAUGAGAAGAGACGGAGUUAAAAAGGAAUCGGGGACGUGGCGUGGUCGUACUGUGCGUAGGUCAGUUGCCGUGCAGCAGCAGAUCAGGACCUGAUGGGGCAUAGUGGACUAAACUUUAGUUUCUGGGAGUGUAGCGCUCGGCCUGAGGCGUUGUGCAGGGGACAUCUAUCAAUGAUCUUGGCUUGUCAGGCGCGUUUCAACACAAACACGGGUGUGUGGAUGUACUGCGUAUGGUACAAAUUCGUGGGAGUGACCAAUUAGUAUCAAGAUGAGAGACAAAUACCAGGCAUACGAUAGCAAGCAUUUCUCUCCAGAGCCUAACCGGGUGGGGGCGGAAAUGAACAAAGACUGCCAAUCAGUGCGAGUUUCGACAUCGCAGAUGUACACUGUUUAUGCGCUCCCAUUGCGUCCGUUGUACACAAACACAAACGUAUUUGUUAGUACGGCGGCGGACAACGAGAACGUGUUGGGGAUAUUGUUUAUCGUUUCGUAUGUUGGGCGUCUCCUCGCACUAGCAGCUUACCUGAUUAAAAGUAUCACGGACGUGCGCGAUAGAAACGGUUAUAUACAGCAAACACGAACGAGCGUGGCACUAAAUACGAGAGCAUGCGUAUGACGGCUGUGUGAUACGAUUGUUUGUUGCAACAACCAUGACCAAGCCGGCAGACAUGUGUAGUUGGACUCCAGAGGCCCCACUUUGUCCUGUAGUCCGGAAUCCCUAAAACGAGGGCAGAGGGCUGAGUCUCGACGUUGUCCCAGUUUAACUAGCUGCUAAAGAGGUACGAUAGAAGCAAUCAGCUCAACUCAGUGCAGAUGCACCUCUACUUAGAAUACAUAGGCAGUGGGGUAUCUUUGUUGAGUGGGUGGUGUUAUAGGUAAUAUAUGUAUAGACAAAUAAACACAAAUGAAGACUG